AUGGCAAAGCUCCAUGAGCCUCCCGCGGAAUGCAAGGAGUCACUCGCCGCCCUUCGCGGCCUCGUGGGCCCCCAUGCUUCUCAAGAGCAGCUGGAAAACCAGUUGCAGCGCUUCUCCAAUGACCCUAGAAAGGCUGCAAAUGGUUACUUUCGCUCAGCGUGUUCGGUCGAGCUCCCGUUUGACUUCGAGCCCAGACCCCUGCCUCGACCUCGAUCCUCGCGCACUGCGACAAGGCAGAAAGCCGGAGGAAUUCCCACGGGAAGUGCGUGGCAUGAGCUGGAUUCCCCGUUCUUUCCGGCAGCAACGUUCCUGGAGGUGGUAGACUGCAGGGCACUGCUGGCCGUCUCAAGGGAGCUCCAUCUGCGGCUGGCACGGGACGACGACUUAUGGAUCAGGGCUUUCGAGAGCGUGUUCGGUGAGGCGCACCAACCGGAUGCCUUGGGCGCAGAAGCGGAAGCCUGCUCGCGAAGUGGAUACGCAUCAGGCUUUAUGCCGAUUGAGUCGAUUCAGUCCAAGCCUUUCGACAAGUUCAAGCACAGAUGGCGCCAGGAGUUGGCCAGAAUUUGUCCGAAUUGCGGCUCAGCAAAAGCUAUUGUACCAAUCGUCUACGGCUUCCCGAGCGAGCCGCUCACGGCCCAUUAUCGCCGAGGAUCCCUGGUUCUCACAGAGGUCUGUGGCUUCUUGGGUCCUUGCUGGGCAUGCCGGCGAUGUCAUUACGAGUUUGAGCGCUAUCCGUACUCAAGCUCAGUGCCGGCCGCAGAGAAGGCUCGCAAGUACCCAUUCUUGCGAGUAUGUUUGGCGGCCGACGAAAAUAUCGACGAGAAUGACGUGGAGGAGAACGAAGACUAA